UCUUGUAACACUAUGACUUUUUCCUUUAAAAUUGUCUCUCUUUUUUUUGUAAUAUUACAAUUUCUAACAAAAUUACUUUUUCUAGUAAUAUGACCUUUUUGUCAUAAGUCAUAAUUUUCCAGCCGGUGGGUAUUUAUGCAGGUGAACAACUGGAAUUGUUUGGCCUUGGCAGAGGUAUACACUCCACGGGAUGCUAUUCAAGUUUGUCAUUGUGUUGUUUCAUGUGUCCAGAAUAAUGAAGUUGGUGCUGGUUGUGUGCCACCUUGGUGUCAUAUUAAGAACCCAGGCUCAGAUACCAGCUGAGUGCAUUACGAGUAACACAAACAGACCACCAGAAAACUCUGACAUAAUGGUGGACUGCGGCACCGAGCACAUGGACCUGAGCAUUUACCUUUGUCCAGUGUACCAAGCGCUCUACAACGAGUCCCUCAUGGUGCUCAAUAAUGAGUAUAACAACGACAAAUGUUUCGGUACGGCGGAGUUUGACGUCAACCCACCUGUCUUAAAAUUUAGCUUCCCCAUAAAUGAAAGCUCUAUGUCGGUGUGCGGGAAUGAUUUCAAGAUCAUCACUCAGGUGGGCACCGGAGCAUUCGCAGACUUCUCCAAUGUCCAGUUUGUCAACAUCUCCGGCGCCGUCACCUCCACUGAUCCGUCGGCUGGUGUGAUCACCUACCGGCCGCAGCUCCUCUACAAGUUCUCCUGCCUCUACCCUAUGCAAUAUAUUAUCAAUAACACUGAGCUGGCCGUAUCCGGUGUGAACUUGGCUAUCAAAGACAACAAUGGCAGCUUCAUUAGCACAUUGAGCUUGGAGUUAUAUGAAGAUGAUCAGUUCCAAAAUGCUCUUACCAUUCCACCAACGGGGCUCCAACUGAAGACCAAAAUCUACGUUGCUGUGCGAGCCACGAAUCUAACGGACAGGUUCAACGUGCUGCUGGAUCGAUGCUACGCAACCACAAACCCCUACCCCGACGUUGACUCCUUCUAUGACCUUUUUGUUGGCUGUACACGUGAUGACCAGACCGAGGUGUUGCUCAACGGCGAUUCCCAAGUGGCACACUUCUCCUUUGAGGCCUUCCGAUUCGUGGAGCACAGGAAUCGGACUGUGUCCACAUUCUACCUACACUGUGUCACCAGGCUGUGCGAGGUGUCCACCUGUAGCAUUCUAAAGCCGGACUGUGGCUCAAGCCAAAGAAUAAGAAGAGAAGCUGAUGACGUGUUGGCUAACGCUACAGUUACCUCGACGGCCAUUUUGGUGGCCAAAAAGAGCAUAGAAGAUUUUCAGACUAACUCGGCUACUUACGGUUCGUCAGAGAACCGCUACAGCGACACUGUGGUGGCGGUCAUCGUCUGUAUUGACAUCCUGGCCAUUCACUUCACCGCUUAGGCUGCUUACUUUGUUUAUUAUAUCAGAUAUAGAUGAAUCAAGCAUGCUGUAAUAUUUUAUAUUCUUUUCUUUUGACAAAUUCUUCUAAUUUAACCUGGACAAAUUUAAAGUCCCUGUGAAGUGAAAAUAAAAGUCUUCUAAAUUUGCCGCUUAACAGAAAAGAGUGCUGUGAAGAACCCUGCCAAAUUUUAAUUAUUAAAGAAAUUAGCAAUU